AUGCUGGAAGAUGACCUGAAACUCAGCAGUGAUGAGGACGAUGGUGAACAGGUGGAGAAAACCAAGAUUCGAUCCAUUGCUGUAAACAGCAUCACUUUGCAGAAUUCCCACGUUUCAGGCUCCGGCCAUUCCAGCGGUGGAUGCAGCAGCUCCAGUGAGUCUGGGAGCAGCUCGGAAUCUGACUCAGACAGCGAAAGCAGCUCCAGUGACAGUGAGUGCAACGAACACUCCCGCAGUGCCACACCAGAGCCUGAACCACCAUCGACCAAUAAAUGGCAAUUGGAUAAGUGGCUCAAAGUCCACUCGCACAACAAGACCAUCAUCAACAACCAAACCGAUUGUGAUGGACUUGGUGAUUCUGAACCUCAAAGCAAUCAACAGAAUGACAAAGAGAUCAAAGGGAAGCAGACCAUAUCACAGCCUCAGCCAGAUUCCAAAGAUAGGGUCUUACUCAGUCCCAUCAGGGAGAAAGCUAAACCAAGGACUGCACAGAAAACCCCCGAAGGGAAAAGUGUGAAGCAAAAGUCCCCUGUACCCAAUGAGCCAGCUCCUCCAAGGAAGACCACGGGUAAGAAGCAGCCCAGGAGAGUGGAAUGCACUCCCAGCUUGGAGGAACAGAGCUGGGCCAAGCCAAAUAACCCCAGCAGUACUCCCAAAGAAAGAGACAGCCGAGGAGCUACAGCUGAACAACCCAAAGCAAAGCCGAGAACGGCCAUUAACAAAACGGGACCCAGGAAAGAGCCAAGAACCAGCACAGUGCCUGCUGUUGACAGGAAAAAGCACAGAGUGCCUGGUAAGAUUGUGCCUAAAUCGAGAGAGUUUGUGGAGACAGACUCGUCGGAUUCCCACACAGAUCAAGAAGAACACAUGCCAGUGAAAAUCCCAGCGGGGUCUACCAUCACAACAAACUCACUUCAACCUAAAGAUUGCGGGAGCGUCAAUAACUGUCCAAGUAGCACUUCCGCUGAUGCACCUACUACUGACUUAGAGGAACCCUCAUUCUCACCGCUUCCACUACCGCAAAAUGAACUUCUUUCGCCCCUGAGAGAUUACGAGGAAAUUAAAUCACUUUGGGUGAAGUUUGAUCUCAGUCUAUUGUCCAGGAUUCCUGGACAGACCCCAGCAGAGACAACCCCAGUGAAGCCUGAGGUCAGAGAGUCCAACAGUAAAUGCAGCUAUCAGUCCCCUACAACAGUGACGGACAAAAACACCAUCAAAACCAAACGGAAACAUAAGGUGGAAAAUACAGAAGCUCUCUGCGAUAGCAAGAAACAGCGUGUAGAAAGGGAGAUAACUGCCCCGACACUUAUACCUGUCAGCUGCCCUGUUCCUUCCAGUCACAAGAUUCUGAGCAGCAAAGAGCUAUCGAAGCAGUUAACAAAGAGGGAGAGGAAGUUCCCACCUCCACUGUCACCCUUGCCAGAUGAACCCGAACCUAAGCGAUGGAACAGCGAGAGUAACCCCCUGACCCAGGAAAACAACGGCAACACUAUAUCAGCCAGUGCCUCACAGUCGUCCGCACAGUACAAGCACCGGAAAGCUGACAGCAAGUCCUCUUCCUAUGUAAAAAACCCCAUCGAGGUUGAAUCACAUCCGAACCCAUCUAACAUUAGCCAUGAAAACGGCCAGUCGCAAAUGGACCCCUGGACAUUAGUAUCCAAUGGUCAUUCAGAAUCAAGAAGACCGAAAUUAACUUUUGAUGACACGUCUCAUAAUGCUGAUUACUACAUGCAAGAGGCCAAGAAGCUGAAACACAGAGCUGACGCACUGCUUGAUAAGUUUGGAAAAGCAGUUAAUUAUGCAGAUGCAGCACUAUCAUUCAUUGAAUGUGGAAAUGCCAUGGAGCGUGAUCCAUUAGAAGCGAAAUCCCCAUACACCAUGUAUUCUGAGACCGUGGAACUCAUCAGGUAUGCCAUGAGGUUAAAGAAUUUCACGGGUUCUAUGGCCACAUUAGCUGAUAAGAAACUGGCAGUUUUAUGUUACCGAUGCUUGUCACUUCUCUAUUUGCGAAUGUUCAGACUUAAGAAGGACCAUGCUAUGAAGUAUUCCCGAUCCUUGAUGGAAUAUUUUAAGAGUUCCUCAAAAGCCUCACAAGCUCCUUCGCCUUGGGGAACAAAUGGAAAAACCACAGGAACAGCCUCCCCUUUAUCUCCCAGCCCGUCUCCCGUCAGUUCAGUCGGGUCUCAUGGGAGCAGCACAAGCACCACUGGCUCAUCUCCCUCAGCGACCAUCAGCAUUCCACAGCGGAUCCACCACAUGGCUGCCAGUCACGUCAACAUUACCAACAACAUCCUCAGGAGUUACGAACACUGGGACACGGCCGACAAGCUGGGCAGAGAGAACAAAGAGUUUUUUCAUGAGCUGGACACACUGAUGGGACCACUGACACAGCACAGCAACAUGACUACCUUGGUUCGGUACACUCGACAGGGACUGCAUUGGCUGAGGGUCGAAGCUCAUUUAUUAUAGUGACUGUGCUGUGCAUUCCUUUUCUGCAUUUCUGUCUCUACCUCUGCCAGGACCAUGACUGGUGGAACCCCUUGCUGCUCUGCAGCUCCGAAUUGAGUCACUGACAUCGGGGCCUCCUCCAGCCGUCCUUCAGACUCAUGGCUAUGUUAUGGAGCUGGUUGAUGCUCCUCCCACCAGAGGGACCUGUACGUAGUACUUCAAAAGAAAACAAAAACGCUGACAUCACACGUUUCUGUGAAACUUCGCUGACUUCUUCGGAACGACAGAUUCCUGAGGCAUUUCGCCACCUUCCGCACUGCCUGGAAGUCGUGUCUAAUCAGGACUGUGUUUGAGAUGGAGACAAAAGCGUGCCUGAGAGAGAAAAAGACAAAGUGAAAUGCCUGAGAUGAAAGCAAGUAUGUUGAGUCCCUGCUGGAUAACUGCGAGAAGAAUUGCUCCCGAAGAAUUCAUUUGUUGCAUUCUCUUGCACUUUGGAUCAUCCAGCCCAUGUGAAGAACAUGCUGCCUCAUGACAGACUGCUGAAGGGGUCAGACUGAGGCGUAAGGUCAAAACUGAGAGCCUGACACAUGAUGGAGUCAUUUGACUCUGUAUUUUAUACCCUCUUUUUGAAGCUGAAAGUAAACCUACACAGAUAGAAAUGGAAAAUUGUGCAUUAAAUUGAAGUGCUCUGUCCGUAUUUUCCGUGGAGUGAAAACUCAUCAUCUUACAUGUUGUAUGGUAUGCCUUAGAGAUUUGUGAUCACAAGCACUUUUUUUUUUGAGAAUAUUUAUUACGAUGUAAGUCCUGACACCGAGUUGGAGUGUGAAGAAAGAAUUCCAUGCUCGUAGCCUCUGCAUUUAUUAGGGAAGACUCAAAUCCUGAGACUGUCUUAUCCUUAAAAGCGGUGUUCAAUCUUUUGAAUUUACAUGACAAGACCAUCGGAUAUAUCCAACCCUCUUAUCUUUUCCAUUCCAGGAAGAUCUUUCUUUUUUUCAUAGUCUUGCAGUCUUUCCUUGACGGUCAAAUGCAACAUGUGCACCCACAACUAUAUCCAGAAGAAGAAAACAGUCCCCGUACAAAAUUGAUGGCGAACAAUUUGUGAAUUGAUGGUCCAAGGACAGAAACAAUGAAGGAUGUUCAACAAUCGAAAGCUUUCACCCAAGACGGAUGAAAGUGUAAAAAGACAGGACUUUGGAAUUGCAUUGUGGACAGUUAACUCCCAAGCGCUUUCUAAAAGCACUCAUCUGAUCUUCCUCAAUGCUUAUUGUUAGUGGGAGCGAGCUGUUAACUUGUUUGAAAGACAUGGGUUCACAUCUCAUCUUAAAUAGUGGAGAGAGAGAGUACAGAAGGAGGCAUCAAGUGCUGGCAUGCAGAGAUCAGGGUUUUCUCCCAGAAUGCUACAGGCUGCUCAAACCUGAUACAGAUCCCUGAUGCCAAGUUCCAUCAAAAUGAAGCAUAAAGUAUCUGAGAGAGAAGGCUUAAGGAACCCUCUUCACUUAGUGGGAAUCUCUUCUAAGGUUUUUUAUGGAGCCAGCUGGAGGUAAUUUUUAGUGGGAACAUAACAUGCAAUAUCGAUUUGUUUAACUAUGAGUCCUUAGAGUUGUGCUUAAAGCAUUCCUGAGCCUGUGUCUGGUAAAAGUUGCAAUUAUCACUAAUGUAAUGUCCAUUACGUCAAUAUUGGUUGAGCUUCAGAAGUGAAACACGAUGCAAAAAGAUUUUAAAAGGAAAUCUCAUGCUAGAUGCUUUGAUAUUACAUAUAUCUUACAAACGCAGACAUCAGUAAGGUUUGGUUACAAAGGCUGUCUGUGCCUUAUUACCUUUGGAAAGCACAGCCAAGUUGAGUAAGACAUUGUUCCUUGUUUCUGUUUAUGUUUCUGUUUCAUAACCUAUGGAACCUGCAGUCACAUCCAUGGGCAAGACUCAAAAUAAUGGGUGUUUGCUCAGUCUCCGGACAUGAUUGCCGUUUUCAAAAGACCCUGGGCAGAAUUUUCUGCUGUUGCUGGUGGCAAGCUUGGAAGUGGGAAGGGUUUUUAAUAAAUCAGGGUGGUGCCAUACUGAAACCCACUACUAUCCCCAUGGCCAGUCUGCCAUCCACUGAGGCCUUUGGAUUGCAAAUUAGAGGCUGCUUUUAAGCUCCAUCCUACUGCUGCCUGUAUUAACCCAGUGGCAGGCAGGCUGAACGUCAAACAACCAGAUUGUUGUCUCCCAUGAGGAGGGGUCAGUCCUGUGAUUAAAGAAUCUUGCUGUCUGAUCAAGGGCCAGGAAAUCAAGAAGUGGAAGGGGGGUGGCUGGGUUGUGGUAUCACCCCUGCACCGUGCUAUCAACUGACCCCCCAGUAGGCAUCACCUCAUUAUGUUCCCAAGGCCUGGGUCACUCCGUAGCAUUGGGACCCUCAGUCUGAGUUCCCAUGGCAACAGCCAUGGCUUCCUGUCCUGCUUGGCCAAGCACAAGAGCUUCUAGUCUCUGAUUCGGUUCCCAGGAUCUCAAAGUUAGGGAGAGGCCUCCCAGUAGACUUACCACAGCCCAAUUGGCUUGUGGAUCAGCGAGCCUCCCUGAAUAUGGGCAACAAGGGUCUCUGUCCAGCCAGGGAGACCCACAACAUUUCCAAGAUCCCACUUAUCCCACAAGAGCACGUUUUCUAACCUGCAGGAAACCUCAUUGCCAUUCCUACCCAUCAAGCAAUCAUUUAUUUCUGCAUUGUGGGCCUUCUCGGACACAAAAAAAAGACAAAUCUAAUUUAUUUUUAUACCAUUUGGUGGUACAGAACUUGAGUAUCAUUGAUAAAAAGACCCAUUUCGUCCAAGCUAUUCAUCUUGCUCUUGUCAGGGCAAUUCACAAGAAUAGCAAUUUUAGGGUAAAACCAACAUUUUGGAGAGGGCAGUGCUAAUUGGUUGGCAAGCAGAUUCUGAUUGGUAAAGGCAUUGCCAUGGAGAAUGCACAGGUAAAAUGAUGACUGACAGUUAACUGCCGGACUUUGCUUAAAUUUUAAACCAUGCAGGUUUACUCUGAUUUGUCAAGGCAUUGCCCUGAUACAUUAACCAAUGAGUGACUAUCACCUAUUUUGUAAAGUUGAAAGAGGUGGAAUGCGUGUGCCUAUUCUUUCUGUCUGUGAAGAACACGGCCAUGUGUAAGAAUAUGUAUCGCUUCUAGUACUCACAAGUACUGUGAACUUGGCUGGCAAUCCUAUUGUCAGCAUAAUUCAUUGCACACUUGAGAUUAUCCAACAAAUGUUGUCCAAUUGUAAAAUUCUAUCUAAUGUUAGGUAAUAUGUUGUACAUUUUGCCAGAGCAACUGGUUGGAUGCGGUCAAUACCUUGCUUGCUGCAUAUCAAUAAGCUGAUUGUAUCCUCCACAACACCACUUCUACCAAUCCGGGUCCACUUGCUGACCAAUCACCACUCUCCUCUGAGCAAUAUUUCUUGUGAAUUGUCUUGAUGAGUGCAAACAAAAACCUUUGACAAAAUGUGCCUUUCUUCAGCAGACCUUAUUUUCAUAUCUGCGAAUGCAGUGAGAGGAAAUAAAACUUCUGAAUGUCGUAUGGUGACCAAGGUCAGCUCCUUCCUUCCAAUGCCGAGGGACUGCACCAGUUGAAGCUAUUGUCUAAAGCUUAAUGACAGAGAUAUAAAGAUCCAGUUCACAUGUUGUGAAUAUAUGUUUAAUAGGGAAAGAUUUGCAGGGAACAGGGAACAGACUGUGACAAAUUUCAUAGCUCUUUCAAAGAACUGGCAUGGAACUGAUGGGCAGAAUGGCCUCCGAUGUAUCCAGUCACCCUAAAAAUAAAUUGUUCAACAGAUAGUCUCAAAACUUUCUUUUCUGGCAUUUAAUUGGACCUAUGAAGAUUUAUGCUGUAUUCUAUUUUAAUUGGGCAGAACUAGAUAGGUCUUGACAGGGGAACAUAAACUGAGGGCCUGAAUUUCUUUAUCAUGUUAAGUAGGGGCCUAAUAAUAGCUGUAGCUGCUCUGUUAAUGUUGCUAAGGUAUAAGAAGAAGGAUGAAAGCGGACCAUCAGUUUACCAUCUUUUAGACAGUGCAUCCCUAUCUCACAUCCUCCCUAGCUACUGCAGUAACCCUUUCUCACCUAACACCUUUCAGGGACACCUCUUGGGAAUUUCUUCUGAUCAAUUAAGUAAACUUUAUGGAAACUAUGAUUAUAAUCACUGCCUGCAUUUUAGCCAUUCACUAGAAAACAGGAAGGCCUUGCUACAAAUGUUCUAGCUCUGAUGGAGAUCUAUCCAGAGGAUAUUUGAACUGCAGCACAUGGAAGACUAGUCAUUGCAAAGGAAUGUCACCAUUUUAAAAGCUCUACUAGCUUCCACUUUGGUUCUUUUUAAGGCUCAUCACCAAAUCCAAUUUUAAUGUACUUAAAAGUUACAUUUAAAUGCAUUGAAGCAAAUACAAUGAAAGAGCUUGAUGCAAUGAAGACAACAUUGGAAUACCAUGGAGGAGCUAUUACAACUAGUCCAUGCUAAUAUAAUGGAACUCUGAAGUGACUCGCGCAUGCCUAUCUGAUAAUGUCUUAACAUGGGGAAUAAUGUGAGAAUGUGCAGAGGUAAAUGACUUCAUUACCAGACCUGGGAAUCUUAUGAGUCAAAUUCCAAUGCUUUCUUGAUGUCACUCACUCAACUCAUUGUCAUUGAUAGAACUAGUUGCCACAAAUAUUGCUAAGUGCCCCUUUGUUCUGCAUGUUAUUGCAUCCAUUCCCCGUAGCCACCUCCUAUUUCUCAUCUUGAUGUUACAUGCAUGCAACAUGAAUGUCUUUGGCUCAGGGGAGGCAUGGCCUAGUUGUAUUAUCACUAAACCAUUAAUCCAGAAUCUUAGCUAAUGUCUGGGGGACCUGGGGUUCAAAUCACGUCCAUGGCAGAUGGUGGGAUUUAAAUUCAAUAAAGAAUCUGGAAUUAACAGCCUAAUGAUGACCAUAAAACCAUUGCCGAUUAUCGGGAAAAAC